AGCCCGGAAGUUUGUCUCAGCUGAAAGGGACGGGGGGGUGAUGAACUACUAAGGCUGUUCAGGCAUGCAAAGCGCCGUGAUGUGAUGAUCAUGACACUGCAGUGAGAUCCUUUUGUAGGAGAUGCGAGCAGCGCUGCGCCUCGCAGUAGUGGCUGUCCCUAUGGGUUUGCUGCUGUCCCGCACCAUGGCGUGGAUGUCCAGUGGCAAAACACAUCCAGAGCUCAUCAGCAGGCUGAGGGAUCAUGGGGUGAUCCGUAACGACCAAGUGUUUAAUGCAAUGCUGGCUACAGACAGAGGGAUCUACUCCAGAGACUAUCCUUAUGCAGACUCUCCUCAGUCGAUAGGCUUCAGGGCAACCAUCAGUGCACCACACAUGCAUGCUCAUGCUUUGGAGCUGUUAAGUGACAAACUAACUGAAGGGGCGUCGGCACUAGAUGUAGGCUCAGGAAGUGGAUAUCUCACUGCCUGCUUUGCAAGGAUGACAGGGCCCAGUGGUAGAGUGGUCGGCAUUGAACAUAUCGACGAACUGGUUCAAAUGUCAAUAAAAAAUGUGCAAGCAGAUGACCCAGAGCUGCUCACCUCUGGACGUGUCAAACUUGUCUUGGGAGAUGGAAGGCUUGGCUACCCAGAGGGCGCACCAUUUGAUGCCAUUCAUGUUGGUGCAGCUGCAGCUACUGUUCCGAAAUCUCUCUUGGAGCAGCUGAAGCCUGGUGGCCGGUUGGUGCUCCCAGUGGGCCCUGAUGGUGGCAGUCAGGUGCUUGAACAGUACGACCGGCAGAGUGAUGGGACAUUCCUCAAGAAAGCUUUGAUGGGAGUGAUUUAUGUCCCCCUUACUGACAAGCGGCGUCAGUGGCCUGGAGGUGAGCUCUGACUGCAGUGUGGUUGCCCCUGCAGGAGGUGGCGUUGGUGCUGCAUCUCUGGGGCGCCGUAGCGCUUCUUGUGGUUUGACUGAGCCCCAGUCCCACUUGGUUGUCACUUGGCAACAUAAAAGGAGGAUCUCGAUCUGUUUGCCUGACCAGAUUGUCUUCCAGGAGUGCUAGAACAGUCAGUGACUGAAUGAGUAACCAUGGCUGGACUGAUGACCCAGAAUGCUUUGAGUCAACUCAGGCGCUAUAAGGAUAAAGUAGAAGACAGGUUGUGUAAGAUUUUACUGACUUCUUUAUAUAAUUCAUGGGUAAGUCGCUAAUGUUCAGAAGUUAGGGAAAUGCAGUUAUAGCUUGAAAAAGCUAAAGUACCUUUUUUUUUCAGGAUGUUUGGAAAUUCUGAUGAAAGAUAAAAAAUGUUUUGUAUUUGUGUAAUCUUAAAGGAUUGAUUUGGUUAUUUUUAAUUACAGUUACUCAUAAAGACAAGGUAAAGCCAUGGAAUAAUAAUGAAACUACAGCAAAUUAACAAAGUAAUAUAUUUUUUGGUGAGAGGUUCCUUACUGGUUUCUUAUACUAUCUAUGUAGGGUAAUGCACUGUACUGUAGAGAAGAUGAGGCAUUGUGCCAAAAAUUAUCAAUUGAGAAAACUAACAUUUUGAAACUAAUGUAUCAUUAUGUGUACAACUGUAUGAUUUAUUAAUAAAACCCAAUGAACCAAUG